GGAGGGCCCCGCCGUCAGCUCCGUGCACUGGUUCCGGAAGGGGCUCCGGCUGCACGACAACCCGGCUCUGCUGGCCGCUCUUGGGGGGCCCGCUGUGUGCGUUGCGUCUACAUCCUGGACCCCUGGUUCGCCGCCUCCUCCUCAUCCUCCGGGGGGGUGAACCGGUGGAGGUUCCUCCUUCAGUCUCUGGAAGAUCUGGAUUCCAGUUUACGGAAAUUGGGCUCCCGAUUAUUUGUGGUACGCGGACAGCCAGCAGAUGUCUUCCCUCGACUUUUCAAGGAAUGGGGGGUGACUCGGCUAACGUUUGAGUACGAUUCUGAACCGUUUGGGAAGGAGCGGGAUGCAGCCAUCAUGAAACUGGCCAAGGAAGCUGGUGUAGAAGUCAUUGUGGAGAACUCUCAUACCCUGUAUGACUUGGACAAAAUCAUUGAGCUGAAUGGCAACAGCCCCCCACUCACCUACAAGAGAUUUCAGGCUAUCAUCAGCCGAAUGGAGCUUCCUCGCCGACCCGUCCCCAGCAUCACACGACAGCAGAUGGAAACAUGCCGAGCAGCGAUUAAAAGCACACACGAUGAGACCUAUGGGGUGCCGUCUCUGGAGGAACUCGGUUUCCCGAGUGACAAUGCAGGAGCAGCUGUGUGGCCCGGAGGUGAAACGGAAGCCUUGACCCGCCUUGACAGACACUUGGAACGAAAGGGCUUGGGUGGCCAAUUACGAAAGACCCAGAAUGAAUGCCAACUCUUUACUGGCAAGCCCUACGGGUCUCAGCCCUUACCUGCGCUUUGGCUGUCUUUCCUGCCGACUCUUUUACUAUCGGUUACGGGAACUCUAUCAGAAGGUGAAGAAAAAUAGCCCCCCACCUCUUUCCCUCUUCGGUCAAAUCUUAUGGAGAGAGUUUUUCUAUACAGCAGCUACCAACAACCCCAAGUUCGACCAAAUGGAAGGGAAUCCAAUCUGCGUACAGAUCCCAUGGGACAAGAACCCUGAGGCGCUGGCAAAGUGGACAGAAGGAAAGACUGGCUUCCCCUGGAUUGAUGCCAUCAUGACACAGUUAAGGCAGGAGGGCUGGAUACACCACCUGGCAAGGCAUGCUGUUGCCUGCUUCUUGACCCGAGGUGACCUGUGGAAUAGCUGGGAGUGUGGGGUGAAGGUGUUUGAUGAGCUGCUGCUGGAUGCGGAUUUCAGCGUAAAUGCAGGAAGUUGGAUGUGGCUUUCAUGCAGCGCAUUCUUCCAGCAGUUUUUUUUUCCACUGUUACUGUCCUGUGGGCUUUGGAAGACGGACAGAUCCCAGCGGGGACUAUGUCAGACGGUACCUGCCAGUGCUCAAAGGCUAUCCUUCCCGUUACAUAUAUGAGCCCAUGGAACGCCCCGCAAUCUGUGCAGAAGGAAGCCAAGUGCAUUGUGGGUGUCGAUUAUCCCAAACCCAUUGUCAACCAUGCUGAAGCCAGCAGAUUGAACAUAGAACGCAUGAAACAGACCUAUCAGCAGCUGUCUCGCUAUCGAGGGCUCUGUAUUUUGGCCUCUGUGCCAUCCUGCGUGGAAGAUAUCAGUGGUCCUAUUGCAGAUCCAGCUUCCUCUCAACAGGGGUCCUCCGAUCCAGCUCCCAAAUUGUCCCUGUGUGCUGCUGACUCUCCAAAACGCAAGCAUGAAUACUCAGAUGAGGAGCGAUGUAAGAAGGCCAGGCUGCAGUGUGUUCAGGAGAUGGAGCGAACUGCUAAAGACUUCUGA